CGCCAAAAUCAAAAAAACAAAACAAAAACCCGCAGCUCGUAGAGACCACUUACAAACUACCAGACACAAACACACAUGGAGAAACUUGGCAAAAAUAUGGAGGGGGCGACUACGAAAGGCGUUCUGGGUCACCUGAGUCAGCUGGAAGUUGAGGCGAGGAGCCGUAAAACUCAUCCUCAUCCGCAGCAGCGGAGUCGCGUGAAGGAGCUGAAGGCGGAAGCGGAGGCGCUGAUGACCCAGAGAGACCAGCUGAAGGCGGAGAUACAGACCCACAAGAGUCUUCAGAAACUGAGGAUGUCUAUGGACAAACAGCGGACAAAUGAAGAGGAGGAGGAAAUGGAUGAAGACUCAGAGAACUCACAACUACUGCAGCUGAUGGCCAGUCAUACGCAUCUUAGAGAUCUUCUGCAUGCUCAUCACCUCAUUGGUGGGUACGACAUCAUAAAGACUCGUCAAGGUAGAGGUGUGUGCGUGUCCGUCGGGACGGCCUAUGAGGGCGUCUACUUAGACACCUACAACCUGGAGAUAGACCUGAAGCCAAUGCUGAGGAUCGGUCGCCAUAACAUUCCCCCGUUCAUCCCCCUGAACAGCCUCGCUGAGCGGAGCGACAUGCAGACGAACAUGAGGGCUUUUCUGGACACCCUCAGCCGGCACCUCAACGCCUUUGCCGGUCGCAAGCAGCAGCUGAAGUUUGUUAAGGAGCAACAGAAGUCCGUCGAAGUGAUGGAGAGUAAUGUCUUGUGUUCGAUACUGGUGCUGAUGUUCACUGUGCCGAGAGAGAAGACUGCUGUUCUCUGCACGCUGGACUACACUGACCACACCAGAUGCCUUCCCACAAGAGUCCACUUUGAAUGUGAAGACAAGGAGCUUCCUGAUUCUCCAGAGUGGAAGAAAAACUGCAGUUUACUGAUGGAGACUCCAGUGCACAAAGCUUUAACAACCAUGAAAAAGAUGGGGAAUAUUGUUUAAUCUACUCUACGAAACUGAGCACUGUUUUUACAUGUAA